AUGAAGGGGAUUUACAGAGACGGAUACUACGACGGAUCUAUUGAACUACGGGACGUCUUCAACAGGAGAUGCGUAAAAUGUGAAUGCCGAGGGGACUUUGCGCAAGCCAGGACGAUGAGGAUUAGGACGGGACUUGUUUUUUGGAACCUCGUCUUCUCUCUGAUGUUCACAUGUGUGAAAGGUUUUAUCCACACUUGCGGAGGCACUUUAAAAGGGAGGAAUGGGACGAUAGAAAGCCCCGGCUUUCCAUAUGGAUAUCCCAAUGGAGCAAACUGUACCUGGGUGAUCGUUGCCGAUGAGGGCAACAGGAUUCAUAUAGUUUUUCAAUCUUUCGCUGUGGAGGAGGAAUAUGACUUUUUAUCUUUGUAUGAUGGACAUCCACACCCGGCUAACUUCAGGACGAGGUUAACAGGAUUUACCAUCCCUCCGCCUGUUACCAGUUCUGCUAACAUUUUUUCACUGAGGCUUACCAGUGACUUUGCAGUAAGCGCUCAUGGAUUUAAGGCAGCUUAUGAAGAGCUAAGAAGCAGCUCAUGUGGAAACCCUGGUGUUCCAUCCAAAGGAAUACUGAAUGGAACUCAGUUCAACGUAGGUGACAAGAUUCGCUACCGGUGUGUCACAGGCUAUGUCCUAGACGGACAUUCACAACUCACCUGUGUCACCAAUGCAGCCGGGGUGUCAGUGUGGGACUUUCCUGUGCCAAUCUGCAGAGCGGAGGACACGUGCGGUGGCACCCUGAGGGGCUCCAGCGGGCUCAUCUCCAGCUUCGAUUUCCCCAGCAGUCUUGGGAGCAGUGGGGAGUGUAAGUGGACCAUCCUGGCAGAUCCCGGGGAUACCAUCUCCCUGGUGUUCACUGAAUUUCAGAUGGAGGAAAAGUCCGAUUAUCUGGAAGUGGAGGGAUCUGAACCGCCAACCAUAUGGAUGACUGGGAUGAACAUUCCAGCUCCCAUCAUCAGCAACAAAAACUGGCUACGGCUCCAUUUUGUGACAGAGAGCAACCACCGCCACAAAGGCUUCAGGGCUCAGUAUCAAGUGAAAAGCUCUGGAGAGCUUAAAUCCAGAGGGGUAAAAUUAUUACCAGGAAAGGACAACACUAACAAACUGUCUUUGAUGAAUGAAGGAGGAAUCAAACAGGUGUCUAAUUACUGCCCUGACCCGGGGGAGCCGGAGAAUGGCAAACGGAUUGGCUCUGACUUCAGCAUCGGAGCAACUGCUCAAUUUACCUGUGAUGAAGACCAUGUGCUGCAGGGUUCCAAAACGAUUACCUGCCAGCGUGUAGCCGAAGUCUUCGCUGCUUGGAGCGACCACAGACCCGUCUGCAAGGUGAAAACGUGUGGGUCAAAUCUACAGGGACCAUCAGGGACCUUCACAUCCCCUAACUUCCCUAUCCAGUAUGAGAGUAAUUCCCAGUGUGUGUGGAUCAUCACAGCCAGUGAUCCAAACAAGGUUAUUCAAAUCAACUUUGAAGAGUUUGACCUUGAAAUUGGGUAUGAUUCACUAACCAUAGGAGAUGGAGGGGAAGUAGGUGACUCCAAAACAAUAAUACAAGUGCUGACUGGGAGCUUUGUCCCAGACUUGAUUGUCAGCAUGUCCCAUCAGAUGUGGCUUCAUCUCCAGUCUGAUGAGAGUGUGGGCUCGAUUGGCUUCAAGAUCAACUAUAAAGAAAUUGACAAAGAGAGUUGCGGUGACCCUGGUACACCUCUGUACGGCUACCAAGAUGGUAGUGGCUUUUUAAAUGGUGAUGUUCUGCGCUUUGAAUGCCAGUUUGGAUUCGAGCUCAUAGGGGAGAGGAUGAUAACCUGCCAGAACAACAAUCAGUGGUCGGCUAAUAUCCCCAUCUGCAUAUUCCCCUGUUUCUCCAACUUCACUGCCCCCAUGGGGACGGUGUUGUCUCCUGACUACCCAGAAGGCUAUGGGAACAACCUCAACUGUGUGUGGCUGAUUAUCUCUGAGCCGGGCUCCAGAAUCCACCUGGCCUUUAAUGACUUUGACCUGGAGCCCCCCUAUGACUUCCUCACUAUCAAAGAUGGGGACCAGUUAGGGGCCACAAUACUCGGACGCUUCUCAGGGGCUGAAGUUCCUUCCCACCUGACGUCCAACAGCAACGUACUGCAGCUAGAGUUUCAGGCUGAUCACUCUAUGUCUGGACGGGGCUUCAAUAUCACCUAUAGCACUUUUGGGCGUAAUGAGUGCCCUGACCCUGGCAUACCGUUGAAUGCCAGACGCUUUGGGGACAGCUUCCAACUAGGGAGCUCCAUCUCCGUGGUUUGUGAAGAGGGCUUCAUCAAAACGCAGGGGGCUGACACCAUCACAUGCCAUCUGGAGGAAAGCAAAGUGAUGUGGAGUGGACUCAUUCCCAAAUGUGAAGCUCCUUGUGGUGGUCACUACUCUGGUCCAUCUGGUGUCAUCCUGUCCCCGGGGUGGCCAGGCUACUACAAAGACUCGCUUAGUUGUGAGUGGGUCAUUGAGGCUGAACCUGGCCGUUCCAUCAAGAUCAGCUUUGACAGGUUUCAAACUGAACUGAGCUACGACUUCCUGGAAGUGCAUGAUGGUCCCAACCUGCUCUCACCUCUGAUUGGCUCAUUUAAUGGAACCCAGGUCCCUCAGUUCCUGUUUGGUAGCAGUAACUUCCUGUACAUGCUUUUCACCACCGAUAACAGUCGAUCAAACAGUGGCUUCAAGAUCUUCUACGAAGUGGUUACAUUGGACACGUUCUCCUGCAUGGAUCCUGGUAUUCCGGUGAACGGUGUGAGGUUGGCCCAUGAUCUGUCGAUCGGCUCCACCGUUUCCUUCCAAUGUGACCCAGGAUACAGGCUGAGCCACGAGGAGCCACUGGUUUGUGAGAAGAACCACUUCUGGAGCCACCCACUGCCCUCUUGUGAUGCAUCGUGCGGUGGUGAUAUCAGGGGACCUGGGGGGAUCAUUUUAUCACCUGGUUACCCGGAGCUGUAUCCCAACUCUCUAAACUGUACGUGGACUGUAGAGGUCAGCCAUGGAAAAGAGUAUGAUCUGGAACCCUGUCAGGAUCCUGGAACACCUCAGUUCGGCUGGCACACGGGUUCCAGAUUUGGAAUCGGGGACUCGCUGGCGUUCACCUGCAAUACAGGGUAUCGUCUACAGGGGACGAAGGAGAUUGUGUGCUUGGGAGGUGGCCGUCGUAUGUGGAGUGCCCCUCUUCCAAGGUGUGUGGCUGAGUGUGGAUCAACAGUGUCCAACAAUGAGGGAGUUCUUUUGUCCCCAAACUACCCAAUGAACUAUGACAACAGCCACGAGUGUGUGUACAGCAUCCAGGUUACAACCGGCAAAGGCAUCAACAUCACUGCCAGCACUUUUCAACUCGCACAAGGUGACAUCAUCAAGGUUUAUGAUGGCAAGGAUGGUGCAGCCCCACUCCUUGGCACCUACACAGGCACGUCGAUGCAAGGUCUGUCCCUCACCAGCACUUCCAACUAUCUGUGGCUGGAAUUCUACUCCGACCAGGAGGUGACGGCAGCGGGGUUCCGCCUCAUAUACCACAGUUUUGAGCUUUCGCACUGUGAUGAUCCAGGUGUGCCGCAGUUCGGCUUCAAAGUCAGUGACCAGGGUCAUUUUGCUGGGAGUGCCAUUACUUUUGGCUGUGAUCAAGGUUACACCCUGCAUGGCAGUGGUAUCCUCAAGUGCAUGACUGGGGAGAGAAGAGCAUGGGACAAUCACCUCCCGUCAUGUAUAGCGGAGUGUGGUGGCAGUUUCAAGGGCCAGUCCACAGGGCGCAUCCUCUCUCCUGGAUAUCCCUUCCCCUACGACAACAACCUGAGGUGCACGUGGACAAUUGAGGUCAACUCUGGCAACAUUGUCAGUCUGCAGUUUCUUGCAUUUGACACGGAGGCAUCCCACGACAUCCUGAAGGUGUGGGACGGGCCUCCCGAGAACGAGAUGUCUCUGAAGGAAGUCAGCGGCUCGCUGCUACCUGAGGGAAUCCACUCCACUCUCAACAUCGUCACCAUUCAGUUUGAGACUGACUUUUACAUCACAAAGUCUGGUUUUGCCAUUGACUUCUCCAGUUCGCUAGCCACAGCCUGCAGAGAUCCAGGUAUUCCCAUGAAUGGCAGUCGCAACGGUGAAGGACGUGAGCCAGGUGACUCUGUGACCUUCUCCUGUGAUCCGGGAUAUGAAUUGCAGGGAGAGAGCAGAAUCACCUGCAUCCAAGUGGAAAAUAGAUACUACUGGCAACCAAGCCCUCCAAGCUGCAUCGCACCCUGUGGUGGGAAUGUGACUGGAUCUUCAGGAUUCAUCCUCUCUCCCAACUACCCCAACCCCUACCCACACAGCAAAGACUGCGACUGGCUUAUUGCUGUGCACUCAGACUAUGUCAUCUCCUUGGCUUUUAUCAGCUUCAGUAUUGAGCCCAACUAUGACUUCCUGUAUAUCUAUGACGGUCCAGACAGCAGCGCUCAUCUGAUUGGCAGUUUCCAAGACAGUAAACUUCCUGAGAAGAUUGAGAGCACUUCCAACUUCAUGUACUUGGCAUUUCGCAGUGAUGGCUCUGUGAGCUACACCGGCUUUCAUUUGGAAUACAAAGCAAAACUGCGGGAGGCGUGUUUUGAUCCCGGGAAUGUGAUGAAUGGCACAAGAAUGGGUACUGACUACAAGCUGGGAUCUAUGGUGACAUUUCAUUGCGAAGCUGGAUAUCUGCUGCAGGGCUACUCCACUCUGACAUGUGUCAUGGGCAACAGCAAGAGACCAGAGUGGGACAGAGCCAAACCAAGCUGUCAAGCUCCCUGCGGAGGUCACUUCACAGGUUCAGAGGGGACCGUGCUGUCCCCAAACUAUCCACAUAAUUACACCAGGGGCCAGAGCUGUGUCUAUGACAUCUUCGUCCCCGGGGACUUUGUCUUGUUUGGUCAGUUUGUGGUUUUCCAAACUUUGACCAGUGAUGUGGUAGAGAUCUACGAUGGAUCCUCCACAGAUUCAGCCCUGCUCUCCUCCAUAUAUGGAUCACACUCAGGCGAGACACUUCCUUUGAGUUCCGGAAACAAGAUAACACUCAAGUUUUCCACAAAUGGGACAGAAACGGCAAAAGGAUUUCAUUUUGUUUACCAAGCUGUUCCUCGGACGAGUGCCAGUCAGUGCAGCUCAGUUCCCGAGCCCCGGUUUGGGAAGCGGAUUGGGAACGACUUUGGCAUCGGUAUGGCCGUACUGUUUGAGUGCAAUCCAGGUUACACGCUGCACGGCUCUAACGCCAUCAGGUGUGAGGCCGUGCCCAGUGCCCUAGCCCAGUGGAACGGCACUGUGCCCACAUGUGUUGUUCCCUGUGGUGGAGUAUUAACUGACCGUAGAGGCACUAUCCUCUCUCCUGGAUACCCAGAGCCGUACGCCAACUAUCUGAACUGCGCCUGGAAAAUCUCCGUUCCUGAGGGAGCCGGCAUCCAAAUUCAAGUUGUGACCUUCGCCACAGAACACAACUGGGACUCGCUGGAUUUUUUUGAUGGGGUUGAUGGCAAUGCUCGGAGGCUUGGUAGCUACUCAGGUACAACAAUUCCCCAGCUGCUGAACAGCACAUCCAACAACCUGUACCUGACCUUCCAGUCUGACAUUAGCGUGUCCGCCGCCGGCUUCCACUUGGAGUACACAGCAAUAGGUUUGGAUUCGUGCCCAGAGCCGCUGCCUCCCAGUAACGGCCUAAGAGUUGGCGACCGCUACACUGUGGGUGACAUGGUGUCCUUCCAGUGUGAUCAAGGCUUUUCGUUGCAGGGUAAUACAUAUAUUACCUGCAUGCCUGGCCCCGUCAGAAGAUGGAAUUACCCCGUACCUCUGUGUUUAGCUCAGUGUGGCGGGUCUAUGACAGACUUCAGCGGCGUCAUCCUCAGCCCAGGCUUUCCAGGGAAUUAUCAGAGCAGCCUGGACUGCAGCUGGAGAGUUCAGCUCCCCAUUGGCUUCGGGAUCCAUCUGCAGUUUCUGAACUUCUCAACAGAGCCUGUUCAUGACUAUCUGGAGGUCCGCAGUGGAAGUCUGGAGACGGGAACAGUGAUUGAUCGGUUCAGUGGUCCCAUGGUGCCCAACUCCCUCUUUAGCACCACACACGAGACCACACUGUUCUUCCACAGCGACUACUCCCAGAACAAACCUGGCUUCCACAUUGUCUACCAGGCAUAUGAGCUACAGAGGUGUCCAGACCCACGACCAUUUCGUAACGGCAUCGUGAUCGGUCAGGACUACAGUGUGGGGAUGACUAUUUCCUUUGAGUGCCUGUCGGGUUACACUCUGCUCGGAGAGCCAUCUCUCACUUGUCUGCACGGAGUCAGCAGAAACUGGAAUCACCCCAUACCUCGCUGUGAAGCUCUCUGUGGUGGCAACAUAACAUCCAUGAACGGCACAAUUUACUCUCCCGGACACCCAGCCGAGUACCCACACUUCCAGGAUUGUAUGUGGACUGUCAGAGUGCCUCCCGGUUACGGCAUCUCCAUCAACUUCUCUGUUAUAAACACAGAACCAAUCUACGACUACAUCACCGUGUGGGAUGGACCUGACCAGGCCUCGCCUCAGAUCGGUCAGUUCAGCGGCAGCUCGGUACAGGAGGGCGUGUCCACCACCGCCAAUCAGAUCCUCAUCAAGUUCCACAGCGACUUCAGCACCAGCGGCUUCUUUGUGCUGCAUUAUUACGCAUACCAGCUGAGAACAUGUCAGCCACCCCCUCCUGUCGCCAACGCCACUAUCCUAACCGAUGAUGACGAGUUUGAAAUAGGGGACAUUAUUCGAUACUCGUGCUUGCCAGGCUUCACCUUGGUGGGCAGUGAGAUUCUGACCUGUCGUCUUGGAGAGAGGCUACAGAUGGAUGGACCCCCACCAGUCUGUCAAGUACAAUGUCCAGCUCACGAAGUGCGAUUUGACUCCACCGGCGUGAUCCUGAGUCCAGGCUACCCUGACAACUACCCCAAUCUCCAGAUGUGCUCCUGGCUGAUUAACGUGGAGAAGGGUUACAACAUCACUCUGCACUUUGAACUCUUCCAGACAGAGAAGGAGUUCGACAUCUUGGAAAUAUUUGAUGGUCCCAACAUCUACAGCCAAAACCUGGCCUCACUGAGUGGUGACGUUGAAACACCCUUCAGCCUGACCACCUCAGGCCACCAGCUCCUUCUGCGCUGGUCCUCUGACCAUGGCACCAAUCGACGCGGCUUCCACAUCAGAUACGUGGCCCUGUACUGCAGUACCCCUGACUCCCCACAGCAUGGCUUUGUAGUGAGCCAGACCGGAGGUCAUCUUAACAGCAUGGUGCGCUGGGCUUGCGACAGGGGGUACAAGCUGAUUGGAAAGGGCACAGCUGUGUGCAAGAAGAGCGUCUAUGGCUUCUACGCCUGGGACGCGCCAGUCCCUGCAUGUCAAGCUGUGUCAUGCGGUGUGCCCACCGCGCCAGUGAAUGGAGGUGUGCUCGCUGCUGAUUACUCUGUCGGCACACGGGUGACCUACUUCUGCAACAGCGGCUACCGGCUUUCCUCCAAAGAGCUGACGACCACAGUCUGCCAGCCAGACGGCACCUGGAGCAACCACAAUAAGAUACCCCGAUGUAUCGUAAUGAUGUGCCCCAGUCUCAGCUCCUUCUCUCUAGACCACGGGAAAUGGAAGAUAGUCAAUGGCUCGCACUAUGAGUAUGGCACCAAAAUAAUCUUCACCUGCAACCCCGGAUACUACCGUGUUGGCCCUGCACACAUACAGUGCCUGGCCAAUGGAGUGUGGAGCUGGAGGACUGAGAGACCUCGGUGUAGAAUUAUUUCCUGUGGCAAUCUGCCCACUCCUCCUAAUGGGAACAAAAUUGGGAUUCAGACUACCUUCGGAGCAUCAGCCAUUUUCAGCUGCAACCUUGGCUAUGUUUUAACUGGAUCUACUGUCAGAGAGUGUCUCCUGUCUGGCCUCUGGAGUGGGAUGGAGACUCAGUGCCUGGCCGGUCACUGUGGUGUCCCAGAGCAGAUUGUGAAUGGGCAGGUGAUCGGGGAAAACUUUGGGUACAGGGACACAGUGGUUUACCAGUGCAACCCUGGAUUCAGGCUCAUUGGCUCCUCAGUACGGAUCUGUCAGCAGGACCACAGCUGGUCCGGACAGCUCCCAGUUUGCAUCUCUGUGACAUGCGGCCACCCCGGCAGCCCUAUCUAUGGCCGCACCACAGGAGAUGGCUUCAACUACAAUGAUGUUGUGCGCUUUUCCUGCAACAAAGGCUACACCCUGGAAGGACCCUCCACAGCUCAGUGCCAGGCCAGCCGUCAGUGGAGUCAGCAGCCACCGACAUGCAGAGUUGUAAAUUGCACAGACCCGGGUAUCCCUGCCAACUCUAUUCGGGAGAGUAAGAUCGAGCACGGUAACUUCACAUUCGGCAGCGUGGUCUUCUACGACUGUAACCCUGGAUAUUACCUGUUCGGCUCGUCAGUGCUCACAUGCCAGCCGGUGGGACACUGGGACAAACCUCUGCCAGACUGCAUCGAGGUUGACUGCGGCCACCCAGGGACACCUCCCCACGGAGAGAUGAGUGGAGAGAAGUUUACCUUUGGCUCCACGGUGCGCUACUCCUGCUCUGGAGACCGCCAGCUCAUAGGAGACUCAUCACUCACCUGUCAGCUGAACGGUCACUGGAGUGGUCCACUGCCCCACUGCUCAGGCGACUCGGGGGGCACCUGUGGGGAUCCUGGCACACCUGCCCACGCCAGCAGGGAGGCAGGGAACUUCAAAGUCCGCAGCAAGGUGCGCUUCACCUGCGCAGUGGGACACACACUGUACGGCUCUGCAGAGAGGAUCUGCUUCCCCAACGGGACCUGGUCUGGCAGACAGCCGUUCUGCAAACCGGUGCACUGUGGGAACCCAGGUACCCCUGCUCAUGGCCGUAUUUCCCGCGUGGAUGGCACAACCUUCUCCCACUCCAUUGUGUAUUCUUGUAUGGAAGGCUAUUUCCUCAGUGGGUCACCCACACGCCAGUGUCUGGCGAAUGGCACGUGGUCUGGCACAGCUCCAAACUGCACAAUGAUCACAUGUGGCGACCCUGGUAUUCCAGCGAACGGACUCAGGUUUGGUGACGACAUCACCGUGGGCCAGAAUGUGACGUUCGUGUGUCAGCCGGGAUUCGUGAUGAUCGAAGGGGACAGCACUGUCACAAGGACCUGCACCAACAAUGGCACCUGGAGUGGCACCAUGCCAGCAUGCAAAGUGGUGACAUGUCCUACACCCCCAGCCAUUCCAAACGGUCUUCUGGAAGGCUCAGUGCUCGAGUGGGGAACCAGCGUGAGCUACAGCUGCCUUCCUGGCUACGAGCUGUCCUUUCCCGCCGUGCUCACCUGCGCAGGCAACGGGACCUGGACUGGAGACCUGCCUCAGUGCUUGCCAAAGUUCUGUGGAGACCCCGGUAUGCCUGCCAAGGGACGGAGAGAAGGCCGCAGUUUCAUCUUCAAGUCAGAGGUGACGUUUAGCUGCGGCGCCCCCUAUGUGCUGGUCGGAUCAGCGACACGCAUGUGUCAGGAGGACGGCACUUGGAGCGGAUCUCAGCCUCGGUGUAUAGAGCCCACGAGAACCACGUGUGAAAAUCCAGGGACACCUGAGCAUGGCUUCAUGAAUUACACAACAGGCUUUAAGGUGGGCAGCCGAGUAGACUUCCAGUGCCAACAGGGACACCUACUGCAGGGCUCCACCACCCGGCUGUGUUUACCCGAUCUCACCUGGACCGGCAUCCAGCCUACAUGCAUCCCUCACUCCUGCAAGCAGCCGCGGAGCCCUGCCAAUGCUGACGUUGUGGGUCUAGACCUGCCCUCCUACGGUUACACCCUGGUGUACACCUGUCAGCCAAGUUAUUUCCUCUCCGGGGGUUCAGAGCACCGUGUCUGCCGCUCUGACGGCAGCUGGACUGGCAAGGUGCCUGUCUGCAGAGUCGGCUCCAAAUCGCAUGAGAAAACUGUCAAACACGUACCAGGCACACCAAGCCCAAAAAUAAAUGUUCCUGACGACGUCUUUGCCCCCGAUUUUGUCUGGAAGGGUUCCUAUGAUUACAGGGGCCAGAAGCAGCCGAUGACUUUGACAGUCACAAGCUUUAAUGUUUCGACGGGAAAAGUCAACGUAACUUUAAGCGACAGUAGCAUGGAGUUUCUGCUCUCUGGAGUGUACAAGCGCCAGGAGGCACGGUUAAUGCUCCUGCUGUACCAGAUGAGAGCACUGGCCCACAGCUCCCUGAGCAGGAUUACUGUUGAGACCUGGGCAAUGGAUGGAUUUGUUUCAGCUGAGCCUGAGGGAGGCAGCUACGUAUUCCAAGGCUUUAUUCAGGGUAAAGACUACGGACAGUUUGGACUACAGAGACUUGGUUUGAGUGUAAGGGAGAACGUCACCUUCACCGACCCAGAAACCAACGGCUCCACCAACAGCAGCUCUGUUGCUGUCGCGAUCCUCGUGCCUUUCUUUGCCCUCAUCUUUGCAGGCCUCGGUUUUUAUCUAUACAAACAACGGAAAACAGAUAAAGCGCAGUACACCGGAUGUUCUGUCCACGAGAACAACAAUGGACAGGCUACUUUUGAGAAUCCCAUGUACAACACAAACACAAAAGCUGCCGAAGGGAAAGUUGUCCGCUUCGACCCCAAUCUCAACACCAUCUGCACCAUGGUUUGAUGUCUACUGAGUAUAAGAGAAUGACUUACAGACUUACAUAUAUAUAUAUAUAAAUGACAUAUUUAUAUUUUCCCUACUUCUGAUGGCAUACAACUAGGACACAAAGAAUCGCUCAGAAAUAUAAAGCACACCUUCGGCAACACUUAAGAGUUGCGACUGAUCGUACACGGAGGGUAAAAGAUUAGAGAGAGAGGGAGAGGAGGUUCCAGACCUUUCCAGAUCUUCCCGUUGUUCGACGGAGAGAAGAGUUCUUUACACUCAGUGAGUGUUGGUUUCAUGAAUAAAAAAGAGCCUCUGGCAUAUAGAUAAAAUAGAGUAUUUUAUGCUCUGUAGUAUAAAUAUAGAGGGGUUACUUCACAAUGCCAAAUGAAAAAUUUAAACUUUUUCCAAGAAAACAGCUCAGACCGAGACCCCUUCUGUUGUUUGUUUUUGUCGUGGUGUCACAUUCAUCCUCAUGAGAGUUUCUCUUAUGGAGGUGAGGAGCCUCUCGACUGUGAGUUGAUCAGCCUAAUCUUCAGAGUCGGUUUCCAUGCAGGCAGAUGUGUGAGAGUUAAUGGAGAAGUAGAAAUGCAAAUGGUUCUUUGAAUAGCGUCCGCGCCAUUCUCUGUUCAAGGUUAUGUGGUCAAUUAUACCUAUUAAUUAGAUGGUAACUCCGACUGAUGAAAUAUAUGGCCAGGGAUUCAAUUACUGAAGUGCAGUACAGUUUUUCAAAUGUGACCGGGUAUGCUAGGGCUUCUAUUGUUACAGUGCAGGUAAUCAGACAACAGUAGAGUUCAUUUUCUUAUUAAGAAGAGAUAUAUUCAACAUUAUAGAGUUUAUUAUCAAGUUGUCUGCAGUGAUUUUGUUUUCAGCAGCAAUGUUCUUUAAGUAUGAGAACUUUUAUUGCUGACUUGCUGUGGAGGCAGACUGUACCGUUCAGCGUAUUGAUCACAUGAGGCAAAUCAUCCAUCUAUUUAACCGAUCCUUAAGUUAUUGAAGGAGUUGUGAAACCUGAUUUCCUUUCAGGUGUUUUUUCUCUUAUUGUUAUUCCUCUGAGUGUAUUUGUGUCCCAAAUAAACCAAAUUUGGAGUGAAUUAACCCCAACCCUGAGGCUGUAGAUAUCAAGCAUCUCAAAGUGGGAGUUCCUAUCCUAAUUAUUUCAGUUUUUAUUUACUGACGAGGUUGAGCAUGGCCACAGUGCUCAGUAUCAACAGCAGGACAGGUUUCCCAGAAGUUAAUUUCCCGCCUGUAUGUCUGUGACUCAAAGUUCAAAGACAUGUCAGUCGGCAGCCUGAAGUCAGAUGAAUGUCUUGUUUUAUGUUGAUAAAAAGUUGAAGAUGCAUCUGCCUUACUUUAGAGUAAAUCCGAAAUCAAACAAGUGCAACUACCACGUCAUCUCCGUUUAUCAGGAGCGGUUUUUAACGUUCUAUAUUUCUUUUGGGAAACCGUGCCUUAGUCAGUGAACUCUUGAUGCGCACUCCUACUCUGAGACACUGGAUGAAUACAGACCUCAGCCCGUUUCAUUGACACCUACUGACUCAAGUGGUUACUUCAGUGUCUUACUGAACCAUCAGCUUCUGCUAACAAAUGUACAGUACACACGAGAAAAUAAUUUGCACACUUAAACAUGAGCCAUCAUCAUUAUUGUACUAUCAUCCAAGUCCAUCCAUGAUUUCAAAGUAAAAAUAGAUUUGACACUGUCAUCACAUUUGUACAUCAUUGCAGUGCCUUGGAUACUGUAUGCGCAUAUAUUUUAAAGAAGACAUUUAUUCUAUAAGUGAAGCUGUACAUCAGUGUCGUUUAUCUGCACAGUUUUGCAUUGAUUUUGAUGUCAGCUCUGAUGGUUUAUUUAAGAAGUGUGUUUGAACAGCAGCUCAUUGUUUCAUACCUGUGCAUGUUGGCAAAAAGCGAUCCAGUAUAGCAAUUGCUGCUAUCGUACUUUGUACCACUCUGUUGAUUCCUGUCAUUGCUGUUACAUUUUGUACAUUUAUACAGUUUUGA